AAGGCGAACUUUGAACUGACCUUACCGGCUACCGUAGAUGGCCGGCCUUGGUUGCCGUUUUCUGGUCGCCUAGCAACCGCCUUGGCUCCAGAAGACCUAAUUAGCAGGAAACAAAGGGAACUUUGAUUCAAAUCUUUGAAGGAACAAUGCAGACAUUAAUGCCCCUUCCUCAGAUUUAUGUUGAAAGAACCCUCGCAAUCAUUAAGCCAGAUAUCAUCCACAAAGAAGAUGAAAUAGAAGAUAUCAUUCUCAGAUCAGGAUUCACUAUUGUACAGAAACGAAAGCUCCAACUAAGUCCAGAGCAGUGUAGCAAUUUCUAUGUAGAACAGUAUGGGAAAAUGUUCUUUCCUAAUUUAACAGCCUAUAUGAGUUCUGGGCCUCUAAUUGCGAUGAUUCUUGCUCGUCAUCGUGCUAUCUCAUACUGGAAGGAGCUGCUUGGACCACCAAAUAUUGCAGUAGUGAAAGAAAAUUAUCCUGACAGUUUAAGAGCAAUCUAUGGGACGGAUGACCUGAGGAAUGGACUUCAUGGCAGCUCCAGUUUUGCCUCAGCUGAAAGGGAAAUCCGGUUCAUGUUUCCCGAAGUGGUUAUUGAACCAAUCCCAGCUGGACAAGCUGCGAGAGAUUAUCUGACCCGCUAUGUCACUCCUACACUGCUAAAAGGACUUACAGCCCUGUGUAAAAGGAAACCAGCAGAUCCUUUUACUUGGCUGGCUGAUUGGCUAAUUGAACAUAAUCCCAACACACCUCGGCUGCGACAUAAUGUCACCGUGGAGGAGCCUUAAAAAAGAACAUUUAUUAGAAAAUGGUAAAUCUGUAAAAUAACCUGUCAUUUUAAAAUAUUUCGCUACUGACUGUCUCUUACUAAUGUUAACAUGAAAUUCAAGCUAAACAAACUUUUAACCCACACAUGAUUUUUAAAAAAUAUUCCCUUUGUAUUAUUUGUAAAAUGCCAUUAAAGGUUUUUUUAUUUGAUUUGAACAUGAAAUAAGUAUUAACUUUAAAAUAAUCAGUUCACCAAAGAAGGAUAAUUCUUUAUGGAGUAGCACAGGCUAAAAUAACUGUACUUGGAGCUUGUUAUAAGUGGUAUAUAAUAAAUAGGAUCAGAACUAAGAACAGCAUUAUCCUAAGCUGUUUUAGGUUUGCUUUCAGUUGAAAGGUAAUGUGUCUUCACCUUUACUCUUGGGAAUACAAUUUAUUUGUAUUAGUUCUAAGAUUUAUACCAUGCCUUUCUGGCCUGAUCAGGGACACCAAGGUGGUUAACAGAUUCAUAAUAAAAACAUGUUUUAAAAAACACUAAAACCAAAUAAAAACAUAUUUCAAAAACACUUUUUAAAAAAGCUAAAGUACACAUGCACAAAAACAACAAUUAAAACAUAGAGCAGGAAGGAGAAAUUACUGAGAAAAUGCCAGAUGGAACAAAAAACAAUCUUUACUCUAUGCUCAAGGCAGCAACAGAACGGGGCCGAUAAGUCUUUUUGGGGAGCAAGUUUCAGAGUUUUGGUUCCACCUAUUCAAUUUGUUAUUAUCCCUCUUCUUUCCACAUAGCACACUUAACAAUUAAUGUAUUUACAAUAAUGUAUUUGUGCAGUACAGUUUUGGGACAACACAUUUUAUCGAAAUAAAAACAUUAUGCGGAUGCUCAAUAUAAUAUUUCAAGAUUUUAAAAUGUGGGGUGUUAGCAUUCAACUAUGCAAAAGAAUGUAUCUAUAAGGGAAUAUCAAGCAAAUGCUUGAAAUGUCAACAACAGAAUGGUUAUUUUUUCAUAUAUGGUAGACACGUAAACAGGCAAAAUUGUGAUGGGGUAUGAUUUUAAAAGAAAUGCAAAAUUUUUUGAAAAUAACAAUUAAAAAAACCCUGAGGCAUUUCUGUUGGGGUUGAUGAGGGAAAGGAUCCAUAUAGAACACUUUUAAUGUAUAUGACAACUGCAGCAAGGAUUUUAUAUGCACACAAAUGGAGGGACAACAAAAUUCCAACAAAACAUGACUGGAUCUUGAAAGUUACAGAGCAUGCAGAUGGCAAGGUGGUUGUAAGAGACAAGAAUACAAACAAUUUUCUGAAAGACUGGAAAUCCUCUGCAGACUA